UGUCAAAAUAAGUAAAUACUGUAAAAAAAAUGGAUUUUACAUGGCUGUAAACUCUGAGCAGUGGACAUUUCGUUGCACCUAAACGCAUCCAAGCCAUGAGAAAAUUUCGCUGAAAGUGCUACAAUCGAUAGCAGAAGAAAGGGAGCGUAGCGAACAGUUCUCAGUUGUAGAAACAAAAUGAUUACAAAUUUGGUGAUGACUAGAAUCCGACACCUGUUCGUGGCCAUCGCCGCACUAUUGAAGAAGAUUUUCUGUUGUUUUUCACGUCGUCGAAGAUCAACCAACUGCGAGAGUGAUAUUCUAGCGUCUGUCAACAUAGUCCAGGACGACCACCGAAAGUACAAGAAUGUCGUCGAGAAAGAUUGGAACUCCUGGGACGACACACCGGCCACGGUGGAAGAGCACAUCGAGCGCUACCGUGAACAGCUCGUGGCACCGGCACCCCCGCAGGAACCGCCGCCCGAAGAAAGAAUUGAUUUCUUUCAGGAUAUGACCCCGACUAUCGUAACACAGCAGAAAAUUUGCAUUGCCAGCGACGGAGUCCGUGCCGGGGAUGAUGAUGAUGAUGGGAAACCGACGGCUCGAUUCGACCGACUAACGGCAAACAUUGACAUUCCCGUGGUGGACGGCCUGGCCGAUUGGAACGAGGAUGACGACCGGCGUCACGGUUGGGAUGAUGCCGACGAGAACACCACCAAACAGUUGAUCCGAGAGACACGAAAGGAACUGCGACAGCAACGGCAGCACCAUCGAAACCACUUGAAGUAAGAGUGGGAGAAGGUCGGUUUAUUUUCUUUUUUGUUUUUGUGAUUUUAAAACUAACUAGCGAAUGUA